GACAGCUCGGCCCCGUGCCUUUGUGUAUGUGAGAGAAGCCCCGCCCACUCACACUGUAGCGGAGUGUCUCUUACCUGGCCGCCUUCUAGUGAUACGUUCUAUUUAGCGGAACACGCCCCGCCCACUUCUUCAAGCAGAGCGGCGAUUGGUUUUCUGAGCUGAGCCGGGAAAACAGAGAACAUCGAUUGGCCAAGGAAGUAGUUUAGCAGUUAGAAUGGGACUCCAUGGAAACACAUGACAACAGCCGGAUCCGGAACGUUGACGUGCAAUGAUCCUAAAGAGUGUGUAUUAGAAAAGGAGGAAAAACAAAUCCAUGAUGGAUAUUUCUUCGUUGGUCAAAAAGCUUGGCCAUCAUUUGGUUGAGAUUAGAGAGAGAGCACUUAAAAAUAUUCUCUGUAAACUGGACCAUAACUUGCUUUCAUAUAUAGAUCUAGUUCAAGAGAAAUCACUGUUCUUGCAUCUGCUGGAAUGGUUUAAUUUCCCAGCAGUUCCAAUGAAGGAAGAGGUUUUACUUCUGCUUAAUAACUUAUCUAAGCAUGCCACAGCAGCUCAAUGGCUAAUAGAAAUUGGUGCAGUGGACUUCUUCUCUCAACUUCGGCCAAAUGUUGAACCAAAUCUACAGGCAUUGGUGGAUGGUAUUCUGGAUGGGCUUUUUCUACUACCCACAGAUAUUCCCAGUAGCAGUCCAACAGCAAUUUAUGAAGUGAAAUCUUCAUAUAAAACUAUACAAAAACAAGAAGAUGAUUUGAUUGAUGGAUAUUUCCAGCAAGACAUUUUCAAGCUCCAGAAUUUGGGAAUAUCUGCAGAGGAUUCAAUUGUAAGUCACUGUGCUGCCACUUGUUUGAAGUUUCCUGCAUUUCCUUGGUUGACCUUAACUACAACAGAUAGGCAUGUGCUUUCCACAAAUGAAAGCUCUUUGAGAAGUAAUAACCAUGCUUUCAUUUGGAGAAGUUGCCAGCUUUUGCAAGAUGUUGUCAUGCAAGACUUUCCUGCUGAAAUUUUUCUUCAAAGACCAAAGAUUGUACAGAGCCUUCUGUCACUGCUUGAACUGGCAACUGAAAGAGAUGGCCAGCAGCAUCUGGCAUAUCAGUCCAUUUGCUGUCUAAAUCAUUUGUGCAUACUGCUUAGGAGCCGACUAAAUUUCCACAAGGACCCAGGAUUUUUAAGUACUAAGCAAGAAGUAGCUUCACAGAAUUCCUCUGUUUUGUAUUGCCAAGACACUACUGGUGGUCAUAAUUCUCAAACUCACUCACCUGUCAAUGAAAAUAUUCGUCCGUCUGUGGUUGGUCGUACCAGUCAACGUCUUCGAGGCGAUGGGCAAGACUGGGAUGCCACAUCUUCUAGUGAAAACAGCAUUCAAGCUCAUGUAAACUCUAGAACAGCUCGCUGGUCGCCAUUGGACAUAGGACAUCUGGAUCUACCAGAAAUGGAAAAUGAGGAUACUCUAGAGCUACAAUUUCGGCAGCUCAGCCUUGCACAAUUCUGUGUCAUGCUUAUGGAAAAUACUGUGCAACUAUUAAAAUCAGACAAGAGGAAGCUAAUCAUGCGCGUUAUUGAAUUACUUUGUGAAAAUGUGCUGCUUCUUAGUGAUGCUGUGUCAGAAAAUGUCUGGGAAGAUAAAAGUCUUCUGGGUCAAGAACUGAGAUGUAAGCUCCGUUCCAUCUUGGAUACACUUGGGGAGGCUAUAUUGUAUCAUAAAAAUAACAACAGUUCUGAGCAGCCUGACUCUUCUCUUGUGAACCACAGAAUGGCAUUUAUCAGCAUCUCUCUUUUUACAAUGCGGCUGCUGCAAACAAUUCUCCCUGUGGAAAAGGCAAAUGAUGUUCUGCCAGUGAGCUUGAUGAAUGCCUUGUUUCUUAUAUCUCUCGACCUGCCGUUCCGCAGUGCAUACCCCAGUGUUCAUGAAUCUGUUACAGCUUUUAUGGAGCAACUGAAUUCCGAGGAAUAUGGAGUCUAUAAACAAGCUUCUGGGAUGGUUUAUUCAAUUGAAUGUACUACAAACUUUAUGUCUUAUUCCAGCAAAGAGGGAGAAAGAAACUUUUUGGAAUUGGUGGAACUGGCUGAAAACGCGCUCACAAGCCUUCCUUAUCACAAGCACUUCUCUUUGAUUCGAAAAUUCAUCAGCAUUUGCUCAGACAUAUACAAGUCUGCACAGAGUGGCCCUGUACUUCGAGAAGAAAGUCAGAAAGUACUUCUCCAGAUGAUGUCCCACUGGGUGUCUGCUGUGAAAGCUGAAGCGUAUAAGUCCGCUCUUGAAAUUGUUAAGGAUUCCCUAGGAAUUAAAAAUGCCACCCAACCUGUAUCCUCAAUCAGCCAUGGUGUACAUUUCCUGCUUCAACCUAAAGUACUAUAUGAAGUUUGCACAUUUGGUCUUCAAGACCAAAAUAAUGAGAUAUGUUCCACCGCAAAGAACAUUAUGACGUAUUUACUUCAAGGCCAACUUGUCAUGACAGUCCAAACCUGGAAUAUGUUACUUGAAGCAAUUUACCCAGUCUUACCAGUUUUGAAGGGUUUUGCAGACACUGAGGAUACACUGGGCACAUCUAUUUUGUCUCUAUGUGAAACAACUGAAAAAGAUGAAGGAGUCCUCCCCAAAACAACUAGGCUCAAGGCAGCCCUACGACUCAUGUUUGCCAAAAAACCUGCGCUACGCUCAUUGGCCAUUAAGUGGUUAUCAAUCCAUUUAAUGAAAGAAGAAGAAUCACACCUCAAACGCCCCAAACCACAAGGAAAUAUCCUGUCUACAUCUAUCAGCCUAUAUAUCCUAGAACGACCUCUAGAUUUAAAGCUGGAUGACAGUGGAAAAUCUAUUUUUAAGGCAGAAACCGUUACAAAAGUUGCUGAGAUUUUUACUGCAGAGAAACUAGACAUAGCACUUCAGAAGUCUGCCGCAGAACAGCUGGCUGUUAUAGCACAAGAUCUACAAAUGCACAGUGUUUUAAAAAAAGUGAGGGUUGUGGAAAAGAGUCUCCAUCUUUUACGUAAAUGUAUAUAUGAGGAUGGCAAGGUUUUAGAAUGCAUAGUACUCCCCUGCUUAAUGCUCCUGCGAAAACUGGUGUAUGCUGAUCCUGUAUUACGCUUGUCACUGGCAAAUGAUCCACAUUUCAUCCUUACAUUGCUCAGAGUAUCCAUGUUAUUACAAGAUGAUAGUACAUUAAUAAUUGAAGCUGCUGCUUUGCUGUGCCUGUUGAUGUUUGAUGAAAUAUCAAGAAUGGAUAUGUGGUCUGAAGGUCAGUCCAGCUCACCACCACCUCCAUUUGGCUUACCAGUCACUGUAGUUAGGCGAUUUCACCUUCCAGUGCGAGUCGGUACUCACCAUGCAAUAAGCCCAUACACUAUGACCACUUCAUUGUCUGUGGAAUGGCUGACAGUAAAGCCAGUGGCGGAUAUGCUGCGCAUAGCUUGGAAUCUUUCUUGGUAUCAGGGGAUAGAUAACCUGCUAUCAGAAAUGGCAAGUGACCAGAAGAAAACUGAAGAUUUUUUAGAUACUUUAAAGUUAUCCCCAGAAGAAGUUCUGACAUUGAAGAUGACACACUCAGCUAGUGGACUGCAAGAUUGCCUGAGUUCCAUCAUUCAGGCUACGUCUCAUGGGGAAGUUCGUUCUGCUGUUGCUCGGAUGAAUUUGUAUCUCCUCAAUGACAGACUGGUUCUAAACUGCCUCACUGACUAUAACAUGUCUUCCUUAAAGUGUUUGCCUUGGCAUACUGCAUUGAGCAGGUUUUUACAGGUUUAUCCUGCGUGUGUUGAAGAUGAAAAGCUACUGGCAGAUGUGAUACGUUUCCUAAACAAGAUACUGAGGGUACAGAAAGGCGGCUGUGAUUCACAAGAUCUCCAAUGGAUAUUAGAGAUGCUGCUUAAACAAAAUCCGAGUCCACUGCUUGAUGUAAUUGUCCAGAAAGAGUACCCAGCCAGAAAGGAUUUGGAUGAUACACAAGCAGCUGUGAGGCAGCAUCUGCAAAAAGAGCUGAUGGUGUUUGUUAACACACUAAUGCACUGUUUAACUUCAGUCACUGAUCGGAAGUGCUUGAUUCUUGCUGGAUCAUUCAGAACACAGCUGGCUUUACAGUUGCUUCACUGUUUAAAAGUGUCUGACGUGCCCCACUUCUAUGGAUUGCCUUCUCUGUCAAGAACCCUCAGAGGAAUGGUCCAUGUAACAUCAUUGCCAGGCUGGAGCUCAUACUGCCCGUCAACAGAACCAUUUACCGUUUGUGUCAAAUUGCUGACCAGCCUUCUAGAGAUCAUCUCAUCUUUUUAUGUGGAAUGGGGAGGAAAUGCUCUUUCCUAUAUGGGAAAAGGUGUCACAAAGAGCACCGUCUUGUGCUUGCUUCAUUUGUCCCAUGAGAUGACAACUCAGGCUAAAAACACGGAUUGGGUGCAUCUCUGGUCUUUACCAUACGACCAUGGGAGUGAUGAGCAGGUUAUACCUCGGUUGGGUUUGGAAUGGCUAAUUCCUUUAUGGGUAGACCGAGACCCAGAGGUAAGAUUUACCAGCCUGGGUAUUGGGUCAGCGCUGACAAGCCUUAAAGAAGGCUGUGUGAUAUUGUCAGAUAGCUGUCAGAACAUUUCCGGAGGCUUAUGGGGAACAGUGAUCAAUAUCAUCCUUGACCAAUGUGAAUGUAGCAUGGUGCGCAAAGAGGCUGCUUUUAUAAUCCAGAACUUGCUUGUCAAUCCCAUGCCAACAGAUUUGGAAGAUUCCAAAGAGUAUGCUCUUCAGGGCCCUUGUGUGCAUGAUGAGGAGUCUGGAUUGUCCCUAGAAGGUAAACCUGCUCUUCAGAUCUUGUUGCAGCACUACCAUUUCUAUGAACAAGUCAGCCAGAUGGUAAAAAGCUGCUACCUAGGACGCUAUAUAUUUGACUUCAGUCAUUCUGUUGUUGGACCCAAGGCAAACACCGUAAAUAUGACUAGUUCUGAAGAUUCGCUGUAUGUUUGGCACAAUGUACGUGACAUUUCUGCUCCAUCUCCUGUUUCUGAAUCAACAUUAAGUACCUUGCUCCUUCCUGUAGCCUCUUCUUCAAGUAGUGCAGAACACCUGAUUUCACUUGCUGCUUCUCCAGUUUGCGAAAAUAUAGCUGACCACCAGCUGGAUCAAGGUCAGAACAACAAGUCCGGAACAGCAUCUCUGAGCUCAGGAGAGAUGUGUGUUUCUGUUGGUAUGCCUGACCAGUGCUCUCUCGUCAGUCCUUCUCUUUUGUCAGCAAUAUGCAGCUUGCUGGAGAAUCUGCUAAUAACGAAUCCAAAAGACACUGCAAGUGCCCUGUCUGAAAGACAAAUAUUGACAGAUCUGACAAGUCUUAUAAAGCCAACAUGGCUAGAAAGAUGUGUCUUUGAUCUGAAAUCCCCACAAAUUUCUCAAGAUCAUGCUGAAACCAUUAAGUCACAGGUGUUGAUGAUACUUGAAUACUUGUCUUCUUUAUCAAGACUUGUUCAGGCUUGCCUGAUUGUCGAUGCCAAUAUUGCAGUUCAGGAUGAAGUGAUACAGCCACUUUUAGCAGUAAUGUUUUCACUGCUUUCAAUGCGGCAUAAGAAAGGUUGGAGAGAUAUUCAAAUUAGUUCUACAAUUCACCAUGCUUGGAUGGAUAUUUUUAUAUGUUUAACUACCUUGUUAAGAAAAAAUGGUCAGACCGUUUUGCAAGUGGAAACGGCUUUGGCAAAACAUAAUACUGCUCUCCUUGAUACCAUUUCAGAGUGUUUAAAGCUAGCCACAAGCCACCCAAAGCUUUACACAGCAUGCUUGCAGUUCCUUUCACUUCUUUUCAUGGAAGAUGGAAAACAACAGUAUGAGCGCCAACCGUGUUUCGUUACAGAACUCUCUAAAAUUUUAGAUGGACAUUUAAACAUGGGAAAUGAUAUUUGUAAAUUAAUACUGCAGAGCUAUGAAGAAAAAUCCUCAGAGGACCGUCUCAGACAAGUCUGUGCUAGUACUUUAAUCUUACUGCUAGCUGUCAGCAGAAGUGCCCAGAAGUACAGUCUGCAAGCACACCUUGUGGACAGCUGUAUCGAACAGAUGAAGCACAUUCAUGCACAGCUAAACCUUGACUCCCUUAGGCCAGGAAAGCCAACACAAAGGAAAAAGGAGGAAAGUCACUUCUUGCAGCUAAAAGUUACUAUGCAUCUCCUGCGAAAUUGUCUUUAUCAAAAUGAGGAGGGCAAGGUAGCAGCUUUAGAUUCACAACUUGCUCCUGUGCUGCAUUCUCUCUGGCCAUGGUUUUUGAUGGAUGAUUCAUUGAUGCAAUGUGCUUUGCAAUUACUGUGCGUGUACACUGCAAAUUUUUCUGCAGCGUGUAGUUCUCUUUGUUGGGCAAGUUCUGGAACAAUGCCCGUACAGCUAUCGCAGAAAGUGCCAGCAAAUAACUCCCUCAUGCACAGCCUUUUGAAGAUCGCCUCAGAAUCUGCUUCCAGUAACAGCAGCACCCAACAGGUGGCCUUUGUUCUCCUUUCUAAUCUUGCUGCUACUCAGGACUGUAAAUGUCUUAUUCAGAAGAGUAACUUUUUACAGCAUUUUCUUUCCAUUUCACCGCCAAAAGGAGGAAACAAGGGCCUUGGCAUCCUAGCUGUCCAUUGGCUUAAAUUUUUUUUGAAUUUGUCAUUGAGCAGUGAUGGUCAACAAAUGAUCAUGAAGUUGAAAGGGUGCUUAGAUCUUUUUCUAGAGAUGGCAAAAUCUAAACACAAAAUGGAUGUUCCUGUAGCAUUGCUCAUUUUACAUAAUAUCUGCUUCAACCAUGCCAAUAAACCAAAGAUUUUGUCUAAUGAUAAAGCAGUGACAGUGAUUUCAUCCUGUUUGGAAAGUGACAGUACUAAUAUACAGAGAAUAGGAGCCUCCAUGAUGUGGGCAUUGCUUCACAAUUACCAAAAAGCAAAAGUUAUUCUGAAGAACCCAUUUUUAAAAGGGAGAAUAGAAGAAGCAUUGUGCACUCUGAGAAAGCGUUCAAUGAUUUCCAAUGAAAGACUUGAACUUUAUCAUCUGAAAUGCUUGGAAAAUUUGGAGCAGAUUUUAACUAACUGAACCUAUGUAUU